GUCAAAUCGAGCUCAAAAAAUGUCAGUCUGUUUAAGAACAUAGCUAUGGGUGGUGUGUUAGAUUUAAUUUAUUCCGUACAUUUAUAACGUUAGUUUAAUUUUCAUUAACGUGCAUUACUUAAAUGAACAAUGAAUCGCAAGUUAGUUAGGAAUUAUUAAAAAUAAUCUGUGAUAAUUCGUAAAUCCACACCGCGCUUUCCUCACUUUCUAAUUAUUUAAAAUUGUGAACAGUGAACACCGCGAUCGGCGACUGUGAUUUUUGAAAAUAGAACACUUUAGUGAAAUACGUAAGAAGCUGAAAUGAACAACGUAGAAGAAAUAAAAAGGAACGACAUGGAGGGACAGGAGACAAAAAAGGAACCUUUUUGGAUAUUUGGGUACGGUUCCCUUUGCUGGAAUCCUGGAUUUGAAUACAAACAAUCCGUCACUGGAUACGUAAAAGGAUUUUCGAGGCGAUUUUGGCAAGGAAACACCACUCAUCGCGGGACUGAAGGAAAGCCCGGUCGAGUCGCCACACUGAUUGAAGACAAGGAAGGCAUUACGUGGGGCAAGGCCUUCCUCGUCGCUGCCGAAAACAAUGCAGCCCUCCCCUACCUCAGCAACAGAGAGUGCCAACUCGGAGGCUACAGGAUAUACACAGUCAACUUCUAUCCAAAACCAUUCUUGCCAUCAUCCAGCUCCGACAAAAAAGAUGCAUUAUUAUACAUCGCUGUGCCUGAGAACAAACAUUGGUUAGGCGCAGCACCAUUGCCAGAAAUAGCUAGGCAAAUUCUAGAAUGCCACGGUUCGUCUGGACCGAAUGCUGAGUACCUCCUAAGAUUAGCAGAUUUUAUGAGAGAAGAAAUACCUGAAGCUUUGGACGAGCAUUUAUUCUCAUUAGAAAGGUUAGUUAGGAAAUUUGCUGGUGAUAUGAAGAUAUGCCUUAGAAGUCUUAUGGGUGAGGCUCAGGAAAGAAGGGAAGAGAAAGUAGAAGCGAAGGUUCCGAGCAACCAGUUCGCGUCGAGAGUGCCGGAGAAGAAGUUACGCUGCGUGAAUAUGUGAUUGAUAAUGUGGCUUCAUUUGUACUGAGCUUUAAUGUGGGUGCGCGUGUGCUUUAUGAGAGGAAGACUGCUUUCAUGGGGUUGGUUCGUAAUCAAAUUAAUGUCACAAAUAAGGUUAGGUGUGCUAUACGUGAUGUUCCAUUUAAAAUGCUAUCUGAUAUUAGUGAAUUUCUGGAAAGAUACCAAAUAUAUUUGGGCAGCAUUUAAUACUUGCAAAUAUACUUUUAAUAUCUCAAACUCGACUAAGACAAUGACAAGGACACUGACCAAAAAAAUAAAGAAAUAUAAUAAAUAGCACCUCCAUCUUCAAAUUAUAAUUUUUCUACACUGUCUUCUUAUUUGGAAUAUUUAACAAAUUUCAAACUUCUCGUGUGAAUUAUAUAUAAUAAUGGCUAUUAACUCUCAAUUCAUAUUGAUUUAAUUAAAUAAUAUCUAUAGAUUAAAAGAAAAUGAAAUCAUUUUCAAAAGAUUACACCUUGUGUUUUGCAUUAGGAAACGAACUUAGUACGGCGUCCUAUUGUCUGUAGACAAUAGACUAUAGAGCGCUGUGUUUUCAUUACGCCAGGAUGUUCUUCAUAACAUCCAAGACAUAGUGUACAGUCGGCACCAUAAUAUUUGUUUUAUUGUAAAUAACACGUGGAUGUAUUUUGAGUGGUGUAGUGUAGGAUUUCUAAAAAGAAAACGGACCAAUAAUGGUAUGUACAUAUUUUUGUUUUGAAAUAUUUUAGUCUGUACCUAGCUUGGUACAGAUAGCAUAUAAAAUAGCCAUUUUAUAAUAAGAUAUUAUGCGUUUUAUAAAUUUCCUGACACAUACAUUUUAUAGAAAUAAGACUUUAUUCUACGAAAAUGUAACCUUUUAAAAUAAUACUUUCUUACAUUUAAUAACAACUUUAAACUAACUUCCUACAUGAGCAAUACUAAAUGACUUACAAGAAUUGACCCAGUAACAAACUAAUGUAAUACAUUGAUAAAGACAUAUCUAAUAUUACGAAAAAAGACGUGACCAAUGAAAAAAUAUUCGAACAUUAAAAUAACAUACUUUUGUCUACGAUUGUACCAUUUGACACUAGUCACUUGGACUCUUGACGUCUAUAUCCGUCUUGUUGAUUGACACACAUGCAUGACGUAUAUUAACGUCUGUAUCGUUUUAAUUAAUUGGAUAUAUGAAAGAUAUUUGCCAUUGAUACAUCUUAUGGAUUUUAUAAAAGACAAAACUGAUAAUAUUGUUAUGACUACCUCGGUGGCGUAGUUGUACUGCUUGCGCGAUACCGCAGCGCUUUGAGGUCCUAGGUUCGAAUCCCGGGUCGGGCAAAAGAUAUUUGGGUAUUUCUGCUCAGUAUCGGCCCGGAGUCUUGAAUUUGUAGCCGAUAUGGCGAUAGGCCCCUAUCACAUCAUGAGACAGAACACACUUGACGAAGAGUGGGUGCCCGUUGCGCCUCUGCAUACCCCUUUGGGGAUAAUGCGUGAUGUGUUUGUUUGUUUUGUAAUAUUGUUUAAAAAUUGCUUUUUUGCAGCACAAUUUAAAAUAUUGUAUGUAUAUGGAACAUAGCUUAUAUAGUGAGAUGAGGAACUUUAUGAGUUGGCACUUGUAAUCAUUUGUAAACGUGCUACUCUCUGAUAUAUUUUAAACUAGCGACCCGCCCCGGCUUCGCACGGGUGCAAUGCUGACUAUUUAAUGGAUGUUAUUAUUAUACAUAUAAACCUUCCUCUUGAAUCACUCUAUCUAUUAAAAAAAAACGCAUCAAAAUCCGUUGCGUAGUUUUAAAGAUUUAAGCACACAUAGGGACAGAGAAAGCGACUUUGUUUUAUACUAUGUAGUGAUAUUGCUUUACUAACAUUAGUGCUGGCAAAAAACAAUACUUUCCUGUUUAUACGGUUUUAUUUUAAAUAAGAACCAACUCGCGCACACGAUACCAAAUAAUGAAAUUGAUAAGUAUUAGCUAUGAAUCUAGAAUAGUAUGUAAGAUUUGUUUGUGAUUAAACUAUUUUAAAAAUCAUGUUUAUUUAUGUAGCUUAUAAGCGAUGGUUGAAAUGUCUUUUAUAUUAUUUUCGUUAUCCUUAUUAUUUUAGCUUGAAAAUGUAAUUCUCUUCAUGUGAAAUUUUAGCGCUCUCUUAUAAAUAUUACGUUUUUGCUGGAAAUAUACGUCUUAAAAUAAGUGAGAUAAUAAUUAACAAGCUGGACGUCAAUAGACGUCAGCCGCAUGGAAAGGAUUACCUGUUAGUAUAUUGUGAUAAUGGACAUUGUACGUCAAAUAUAACUGUAAUUCGAAUUAGUGUAACUUAGCUAUAUUUUAACAUAUUUUUUGUAAUUGAAUUUGUAAACGCAAGGCGAUGUCUAACAAAUACAAUGUUUAAAUACAA